UUGUCUGCAGCUGCCUGCAGCCGCUCUGAGCCCUUCAACACAGCUGAGAGGCACAGCAACCAUGAGCACACCCAUAAAGAAAUCCUUGGAGAACAGGCUCCAGCAGCUAAAAUGCCAUUUCACCUGGAACUUGAUAGCGGGAGAUGAGUCCUUGGAUGAGUUUGAGGACAGGGUGUUUAACAAGGAUGAGUUUCAGAACAGUGAGUGUAAAGCCACGAUGUGCAACAUCCUGGCCUAUGUCAAGCACCUCAGAGGCCAAAACGAGGCAGCACUGAAGUGUUUAGAGGAUGCUGAAUGUUUCAUCCGGCAACAGCAUCCUGACCAAGUAGAAAUCAGAAGUCUGGUCACCUGGGGAAACUAUGCUUGGGUUUACUAUCACAUGGGCCAACUCUCAAAAGCACAGGCUUACCUUGACAAGGUGAGAGGGGUCUGUGAGAAGUUUUCCAGUCCCUACAGGAUCGAGAGUCCUGAGCUUGACUGUGAGGAAGGGUGGGCCCGAUUAAAGUGCACCCAGAACCAAAAUGAGAGAGUGAAGGUGUGUUUUGAGAAGGCUCUGGAAAAGAAGCCAGAGAACCCAGAAUUCACCUCUGGAUGGGCCAUGGCAAGCUACCGUCUGGACUACUGGCCAGCACAGCAGGACUCUAUUGGUUCCUUGAAACAAGCUAUUAGAUUGUCUCCUGACAACUCUUAUCUUAAGGUCCUCUUGGCACUGAAGCUUGAGAGAAUGCAUGAAAACCAAGCAUGGGAACUAGUUGAAGAAGCCGUAAGGAAAGCCCCAAGUGCGACAGAUGUGCUGCUCAGUGCAGCCAAGCUUUAUUACAAGACACAUGAUGUGGACAGAGCCAUACAGCUGCUUACAAAAGCUUUAGAACGCCUGCCAAACAAUGCCUAUGUGCAUUACCAUAUUGGGUGCUGCUAUAGGUCAAAAGUCCUAGAAAUAGCUUACACAAAGGAAGCUGAAUUGAAUGGGAAUCAAGAGAAGUUACAGGAACUAACACAGCUGGCAAUUAAGCACUUAAAGAAAGCAGAUGAGACUAAGGGAAUGCUGAAACGUUCCUGUAGCUACCUUGCUGGACUUUAUGCCAUAGCUAACCAGUAUGAAAAAGCUGAAUAUUACUUCCAGAAAGAAUUUAAGAAGGAGCUCAGUCCAGGCCUUAAACAGUUUCUCCACUUAGACUAUGGCAAUUUCCAGUUGUUUCAAAUGAAGUGUGAAGACAAGGCCAUCCAUCAUUUUAUGGAGGGUGUGAAAAUAAGGCCGGAGACGAAGUCUAAAGAAAAAAUGAAAAGCAAACUUCAACAAAUUGCCCAAAGGCGACUUAGAAAAAAUAAAUUUGAUUCUGAGGCCUUGCACAUCUUGGGGUUUCUUGGGGAAUUGAGUGAAGAAGGCCAGCAAGCUGUUAAGGACUCUGAGGAGAAGGCUGCUCCUUCAGCAUCUUUGCAUGAGGAAGGCAAUGGAUAGGGGUGACACGGUGCCCACAGUACUACUGGUAUAAUGAAACUGAACCCUUACCAAGUCCAUUCAAAGUAUUUAACAGCUUCAUGGACUGAGCACGGACUGGCACCCUGCUCUCAAAUGUUAGCAUCUGAAUUGCUGGAUCUGAAAGAUCUCCUAGAGAGGACCAGCUGUAGGCAUAGAUACAAGAACCUGGCAAACAGCGUAGAUCUCUUUCUAUUUCUUAGAAACAGUUCCCAUGGUAGCAACUCUUUAAUCACCCUCUUUGGUUGCUUCUCUUGGGUUUGUUUCUGGAAUUAUUCAAAGCAGCCAAAUUCCUCACAUGGGUGAGUUUUCCAUCCUUGAGUUAUUUUAGCAAUUGCACAGCCUUGUUCUACAUAGAUAACAGUGCCCAUCAAAAAACUCAGGAGCCAGGGGCAGUUGCUCAAGACAAUAAUUCCAGCACUUGGGAGCGGAGACAGGAGGAUUACUAUGAGUUGGAAGUUAGUCUGAGCAUGACCUGAAAUGGGUGGUGGAGGGUGGUGAGAAUUAUACAUGUCAAUAUUUAAUGAUUUUGUACAUUAUCUUGUUAGUUUGGAUUGUAUAUACCUAUAUAGCCACUAUUAGCACACAUUUCUAAAGCACGGAAGGUAGGGAUUUUGUUUUACUGUAUAAUUUCAAAGCUUACAAAAUAGUGCUCAAUAUUAGUUGAGCUCAAAAUAGAAACUGAAUGGUGAGUUUCAGGUCUAAAAACAAACAAGAAACAACAAAAGCUGAUGGACAAAAUCCUUCCUCCAAUUUACCAGCCAGUCAUCAAUUUACAGUGUCCCAUAAUCGUGAGUUUAUUUUCAACAUUAGCUCAGAUGGCAACAUAAUUGGAGAACUGAGAACAGAGAAAGUAAGAAGGGCCGUAUCUGUGCAAACCAAUAGAGUCAGACGAUUACAUUGUCAGACUUGAGGGAGGCACAAGGGGAGACUUCUUCCCGACUCUGCUUUCUCUAUGAGUGUGGCGCUGCAUGAAAAUAAGGGGGGGGGGAGGAAUUCUGUCUACCAUCGUGACAAUUGAAAUAAAUAUUUAUUUCAAACUUGAGUGGAAACUCCAGUGGAGAUGAAGAGAAUGUUGAUUCAUCCUUGAUGAUUAUAAAGCCAUGAAGAAACAGUUUAUAGUCACUAUUAGGAAGAUGUCCCUGUCAUGUGAAUACUUCCCUUAUUCAGCAGUGCUAUAAUGAACCUGCAUUAGAGAUGCUAGGAAGGACACUGGGUGGGAGAAUAACUUGGUAACUGAGGCCUGGUGGUAGGAAGUGGCAUGGGUACUAGAGGGAGAAUUCUUUCUUCCAUUAGAAAUGUUGCAUACCAAGGAAUAUAAAAACUUCUUUGCGCUCUGAAAAAUACUCAGGAACAUCACGAAACUGAUGACUGGCAUUUCCUCGGUAGAUCUGGAAUGGCCUAAACCUCAAGGUUGAUGUGCAGCAGCAGAGAGGCGAUUGGCCCAACAUGAGGCUGACAACCACCUCUGGGGUAGAAAAUGUUUCUCCAUCAGCGUUAGUUUUCUUCUAAGUAUAUAUGAACAUUUUAUCAGCAAUUAGAAUAUAUUAGAUUAAUAGGUUCUUAAAACUGGACAUUCUGACAGCUGUAACAAUGUUCCCUGUUAUUUUAAAUAUUAAAGGGUUUUGUAUGUGCUUAAGUCCAUCAGUAGACAGCAUUUGAAUUUCUGGAAAAAUAAUAAAUUUAAUGAAUAACACAUGAUA